UGACCGGAGAUCAAUAGGCAACUACUCGCCUCUGUCUACUUUUGGUGAUUAUGGGCCUGAUUAUCGCUAUUGCUUGGGGGGCGACUCUUAUGCGGGACUGACAACUGCCGUCCGACGUGCCACUCAUAUAAGAUGAUAAUGCCGUACGCUUAAUCUACCGGUACCGCAUCUCGUCUACCUCGCUUUUACAGUGCAUAGAUUGGUCGCUAAAAUGGCUGUGUUCUCUCGUUUGGCAGUAGCCGUCCAGCUCCUCAGCGUUUUUGUUAUUCCAGCACUUGGCGCCCCGACUCAGCAGUACGAUUAUGUCAUCGUUGGAGGAGGUAUAACUGGUCUGAUCGUGGCUAAUCGCCUUUCGGAAGACAAGAGCAGAUCUGUACUCGUGAUUGAGGCCGGAAACAAUGUUGAUACCGAUGCGACAAAGAUCCCAUACAAGGCCAAUGACCUCACAGCCGCGAACGGUCUUAUGUGGGACGGUAUCAACUCCAGUGCAGAGCCCGGACUUGGCAACAACAGUUACCCGGUCAUCGUCGCUAAGGUUCUGGGUGGUGGAUCUGUGAUCAAUGGCAUGGUCUACGAUCGUGGCAGCGCCGCAGACUAUGAUGCUUGGGAAGCAUUGGGUAACCCUGGCUGGGGGUGGAGAGGCCUAGAGCCCUACUUCAAGAAGGGCACCACAUAUCAGCCUGCAACACCCGAUGUCGUCAAGGACUUCAACAUUACAUGGGACCCCUCAACAUACGGUAAGGGGCCUCUAAAGGUUUCUGUCACCAGCAAUCAAUACGCAGAUCUCAAGGACUACUGGAAAGCCUGGAAAGCAACUGGAGUCCACGUGCCUAAAGACGGUAACAACGGCGAGUCGUACGGACCAUCAUGGUACCCAAACACAAUGGAUGCGACCACCGGACGCAGAGCUCAUGCACGAUACGCAUACUACGAUCCUAUUCAGGCGCGUACAAACUUGAAGAUUCUCACUGGAGCGACCGCCCAGAAAAUCAUCUUUGAUUCAAAAGAUAAGCCAACUGCGAAGGGCAUCGAGUUCGUUGAUGCCACCGGCAAGGUCUCAACUGUCACUGCCACGAAGGAAGUAAUUCUUGCUGCAGGCUCUAUCCAGACCCCAAAGCUACUGCAAUUGAGCGGAGUUGGCCCCGAAGGUAUUCUCAAAGCUGCUGGAAUCAAAGUCAGGGUUGAGCUUGACGCUGUGGGAUCCAAUUUCCAAGAUCAUCCCUGGGCCACAGUUAUGUUCAACACUACCACCACGACCUUCCCAAACCCAAACUCGCUUAACACCAACGCUACCUUCAAUGCAUCUGCGUGGGCGGAGUACGAGACGAAGAAGACCGGGCCCUACACCAAUGCUCGCGGCAAUGCUCUUGCGUUCAUCUCCCUCCCUGAUAUGACCAGCAGCGACAACGUCAACAGCAUUGUCAAGAGCAUCGGCGGUCAACAAGACGAACAGUACCUCCCGGCGCUUUACAAGAACAACAAGAAGCUCCUCCGUGGCUUCGCCGCCCAGCGCAAGGUGAUCACCGAUAUCUUCAAGCGACGCGAUGCAGCAGUUGCUGAAUUCCCUGUUCCCGCUGACGCCUCCUUCGGCCUGGUCGGUGUCGAGAAGCCGCUGUCUCGCGGCACCGUCUCUAUCAAUCCCGCCAAUCCCAACGGCCCUGCUCUCGUGCUUCACAACGCUUUCGUCAACCCCGUGGAUCGCACGAUUCUCGGCAUCAGCACACGCUACUACCGUACCGUUCUCGCGUCCCCAAUUCUCAGCCGUUUCAAGAUUAGCGAGACGGUGCCCGGCGCGCAAUACAAGACCGACACAGAGAUCUACGACGCACUGUUGGCGCAGGGUGCGCUCUCCCCUACACUCGCGCAUCCUUCCGGGUCGUGCCCGAUGAUGCCGGAGUCCGCAGGUGGGUGUGUGAACGAGAAGCUGCUAGUGUACGGAACGCGCAGGCUAUCGGUCAUAGAUGCGUCGAUUAUCCCGAUCAUCCCAUCAUGCCACUUGCAAGCGACCAUGUAUGGCAUCGGCGAGAAGGCGGCGGAUAUCAUCAAGUCGAGACAGUGAUAGCUCGAGUCCGAAAUUCAUUAGCCACUUUGAGGAGUAAUGCACAGAGAUACCUGAAUACUAUAUUUUUAUUCGUAAGACGAGUCGGAUAGCAUCGUCUCUUGACCCAUUGACUUACCACUACCAAUACAUCGUUUCAC